AUGUCCUCCCUGAAGUCUGAAUGUACCAAAACGUCACGCAAACUGCGAGUUCGUCUGAACCCGACCUUCAAAGAUGAGAAGGUGUGCACCAUAAAGGAGAUUCCUAUUCCACAUGAAUGGUACCAGCCAGGGGCCCUCAUCAUUGGUGGCAUGGCCUCUCAGUUCAGUUAUCAUCUACAUGAACUAAAAUUUGAUCAAUAUAUUGCUCAAGAGAUGUUUGAAGUCACAGACAUGACAACAAAGUUUUACCAGCACUCCCUGGCGUUGGCAUUUGCUGUAGACAACAUCAACAGGAAUCCCAAGAUUUUGCCUAACGUCACUCUCGGGUUCCACGUCUAUGACACCUACAAUGAUGAUAAGAUGACCUACCGGGCCACUCUGGAUCUGCUCUGUAAAUUGCAUAGAUAUUAUCCCAAUUAUGAAUGUGACACCCAGAAAAACCUAAUGGCUGUCAUAGGGGGACUUGGCUCUGACACCUCCGUUCACAUGGCAGAGCUUCUAGGUCUCUACAAGAUUCCACAGCUCACCUAUGGGUCAUUUUCCCCACUGGACAGGGAGAACUCAAAGUCCACUUCCUUUUACUGGAUGGUUCCCAAUGAAGCGCAUCAGUAUGUAGGAAUUAUCCGGUUACUUCAGCAUUUUGGAUGGACAUGGAUUGGGCUCUUUGCUGUGAAUAAUGAUAGUGGAGAACAUUUUAUGCAGGAAAUGGAACCAUUGCUUUCCCAACAUGGCAUUUGCACGGCCUUCAAAGAAAUGAUUAUAAACCAAGGCCGCUGGAAUACCCCAGGGAAUACUAUAGAUUUAUUUUCUAAUGUUUAUACAGCUUUAAUAGAUAGUAAAGCAAAUGCAUUUAUCUUCUAUGGAGAAUCUAUGACCAUUAUAUCAACGACCACAUUUCUAUAUCUUGGUAAUCACGAAUUACUGGGAAAUACUUCAUUUAGAUGGGUGUGGGUUAUGACGGCCCAGGUUGAUUUUGUAUUGGGAGGCCUGCAAAGGUUCUGGGGUCUGGAAUUCUUCCAGGGUGCCAUUUUCUUCUCAGUUCACUCACAGGAUCUUCUAGGAUUCCAGACAUUCCUUAGAAACAUAAAGCCUUAUCGGACAAAAGGGGAUGGAUUUCUCAAGGAUUUCUGGGAGCUAGCAUUUGACUGCACACUUCCAAAUUCCCAGGAAAUGUCCAUGGUUGAUGGAACAUGUACCGGGAAGGAGAAGCUGGAUAGCCUCCCUGGGCCUGUUUUUGAAAUGCACAUGACUGGCCACAGCUACAGCAUCUAUAAUGCUGUCUAUGCCAUUGCAUGUGCUCUGCAUGCCAUGUACCUCUCCCGCUGCAACCACAGAUCAGUGACUAAUGUUGGCAAAAGAGAUGGCCUUCAUGAUCUCCACCCUUGGCAGCUCCACCCAUUUCUUCAACACAUUUCAUUUAACAACUCAGCAGGGGAAAUUGUGUCUUUUAAUGAUAAUAAGGAAAUGGGAGGUGUAUUUGAUGUCAUGAACUUGGUCAUAUUCCCAAACAAGUCCUACGGUAGAAUGAAAAUUGGGAAGAUGGAUCCUGAUGCUUUUGAAGGAAACGAAUUGAUCAUUGAUGAAGAAAGAAUUGUGUGGCCAAGCCGUUUCAACCAGGUGCCCGUUUCAGUGUGCAAUGACAACUGCUAUCCUGGUUCUCACAAGCAAAAGAAGGAUGGAGAGAAAUUUUGCUGCUACGAUUGUGUUCCUUGCCCAGAAGGAAAGAUUUCAAACCAGAAAAAUAUAGAGGACUGUAUCAGAUGCCGAGAAGAUCACUAUCCAAGCAAGGACCAAGAUGAAUGCGUUCUCAAGACAAUUAGUUUUCUGUCUUAUGCAGAACCCCUAGGGGUCAGUUUAGCCUCAGUUACAACUUCUUUUUCCCUAAUCACAGUGCUGGUGCUGGCAAUUUUUGUUAAGUACAGAGACACACCCAUAGUCAAAGCCAAUAACAGGGAUAUCACCUACACCCUACUAAUCUCUCUGUUGCUCUGCUUUGUCUCUUCUUUGCUGUUCCUCAGACAACCUAUAACUGUGACCUGUUUGCUCCGACAAUCUACUUUUGGCAUAGUCUUCUCAGUGGCUGUUUCUUGUGUGCUAGCCAAAACUAUAAUGGUGGUUGUAGCUUUCAUGGCCACCAAACCAGGGUCCAGCAUUAAGAAGUGGGUGGGGAAAAGACUGGCCAAUACCAUUAUCCUUCUUUGCACCCUGAUUCAAGCAGGCAUUUGUACCUUGUGGUUAGCAACCUCUCCCCCAUUCCCAGAUUUAGACAUGCAGUCCCUGAAGAGAGAGAUGGUAGCAGAAUGUAAUGAAGGGUCUGCCAUCAUGUUUUACAGUGUUUUGGGCUACUUGGGACUUCUGUCCCUCAUCAGCUUGACUGUGGCUUUCCUGGCCAGGAAGUUGCCCGACAGUUUCAACGAAGCCAAGUUCAUCACCUUCAGCAUGCUGAUCUUUUGCAGUGUUUGGUUGUGUUUUGUUCCAACCUACCUGAGCACCAAAGGGAAAUACAUGGUAGCCGUGGAGAUCUUCUCUAUCUUGGCUUCCAGUGCUGGACUACUGGGUUGUAUCUUUUUCCCCAAGUGUUACCUUAUUAUUUUAAGACCUCAGUUGAACAAAAGGGAACAGAUGAUACGAAGAAUGAAGUAA